CUUAAGCUUGUUAAUUGCAAAUAUGGGGGUCCAUCUUUUUCCUCAAAAUAAGCCGUACUUUAUUUUAAUUUCAACUCAAACAUUUUGAUAGAAGUAACCUCUUAACAUUCACAUAUUCUGUUUGAUGAUUUUUUCAUCUAAAAGCUCAAAGACAAAUGAAGCUGUUGUGAGACACUAUGAAUGACCAACCACCAUUCGAAAGGCACGACCUUUUCCCAAACUAUGUGUACAAAGACAUUGUAGUACCUCCCUUUUGCACUCCUGAAAGAUAUGCUGCACUUCACACAAAAGCUUUCACUCCCCGCAUGGAUGACAUCGUGGUGUCCACGUUCGCUAAAAGUGGUACUACUUGGUUGCAAAACAUUUUGUAUUAUCUAGUAGGCUGUCCUAAUGGACCAAUAGUUCGUUUAAAUGAAACGGUGCCUUGGUUACAGGGUGAAUCGGUGAAGUUGGACCAUAUUGAGAAGAUGAAGAGCCCAAGGGUGUUCAAGACUCAUGAUUAUUGGAGUUGGAUGCCCAAGAAAUUAAGGGAGACUGCUCGCUUUAUUUACUGCUCUAGAAACCCUAAAGAUCAAGUCGUUUUUUAUUUUCAUCAUAUGAAAACCCUAAAAUCCUUCUAUGGAGACAAAUGUGCUGACAUGACAUUUGACGAAUAUUUUAGCCAAAUCUAUAUUUAGAAAGACGUGACAGAAUUCGGACUUUGGGAAGAUCACAAUAUUGAAUGGUUAGAGCAGUCUUUGAGAAAGAACAUUUUGUAUUUGACCUAUGAAGAUCUCAAAGAAAAUACUGAGAGGGAGAUAAGAAAAAUAGCAGAGUUUCUUAGUCUUUCUGUGUCUGAAGAAUGUAUUGCUAAUACUCUAAAGAAAAGUGGAUUCAAGCAUAUGCAAAAUAGUGAAAAUGUGAACUACUCUUGGCUUACUGGCUUAAAAUCAGGAUUCCUACGUAAGGGUGAAGUUGGUGGAUGGGUUGAAUACUUGAAUGAAGAGCAAUCUGCUUACUUUGAAAAUCCCAUCGAACGAGUUAUUCAAGCUGGUGGUCAUGUUAGGUGUAAUUUAUAAGUCUUCAAAUAACGAAAAUAAUGGGCACAAUUGAAAAUAUCUUGUCUAAACAAUGAUUUACAUUCUAGUCAUAGUUGUCACUAUUUGAAUUAUGCGCACCCAAUGGACAUUAAUACAAUAUUCAUAUUCUUUAAUGUCAAUGUUUUUAAAUUUUUCAUAAUGUCAGUAUAAUUUCGUACCUGUGUGAAAGUGUUAUGUUGAGCAGCUGCCAUCUAAAUUCUAUUGAAAUUUGAAAUAGCAAGCCUUAUAUUGUUUAUAAUUACUUUCAAGUCUUACAUCAGGCUGACACUAAGGUGCAGCAAUUUUCAAUAUUAAUAAGGUCUUAGUAGCAUAAUGACUAAAUACAGCAUAAGGGUAGAAUGAAGAUUAUUUAUUCGCUGUGCUUUGUGCUGUAUAUAAAGUGCAUUAAUUCACUAUUAUUUUCUGCUCUUAUCCCUUAUUAUUAAU